CAUGUUGCUCUCUGUGCUGCUGUUACUGCUGGUCUGCGGUUCGCAAGCCACUCAGUAUUAUGGCACUGUCAUGACCUACUACCCAAAGGAAAUCGAUACAAAUGGAUAUGUCUUGGUGAAAAUUCAGUACAAGCUGAGCUCAGUUUCUUGCACAGACAAUGACACUUGGAGCUGCGUUGGCGACUGUGGAAACGAGACAGCGGGUGUUGAAUUAUACAAGGUUGACGAAAGCACCGGGGAAUGGUGUCAGAGAGAAGGCAUUGUGACCCGGCUGGUUUUUGGCACCGCUCCAUUUGAGCUUGUGUUUGCUGGUGAAAACUGGAUACCUGGAAUCAUAAACAGAAUCGUGUCCUGGAGAGCCGUGACAGAUGUUGAGCUGGGUUUCCGGUCUGACACCAACCAAAUCAACACAUCACCGCUGACCACCAUCCUUCCGGCUCUGAGGGUUCCUUCAAACUGUCCAAGAAAUAUCACGUUGUUGGCAUUCGACCCUGAUGGAGAUGAGGUUAAAUGCAGGAAUGGGAUCACAUCAGAUUCAGAGUGUAACCCCUGCACACCUCCAUCCAUCCUCAACCUCUCGCCUUCUUGUACUCUUUCAUUCAGUCCCACAAGCAGAAGCAACGAAGGUCCGUACGCAGUGCAGCUGGUGAUGGAGGACUUCCCCAGGCAGGAUAUAGUCCUGCUACAACUCGACGGUUCCUCAGUGCAGAAGGCUACCAACGAAGCCAUCAGCAAGAUACCCAUUCAGUUUGUUUUGAAAGUGGAUCCUGCUGUACCAUCUUGCACUGAAGGCGUAUAUGUGCCCAGAUUCCUUUCUCCAACUCCAGACCACGAGUCCGAGAUCCAAGCCACUGUCAAUCAGAGACUAGAAAUCAACAUUAGAGCAGAGGCCACUCAGUCCACGAUUUCUGAGCUCCUGUUCAGCGGUCCCCCUGAUGUGGUGAAGAGUUCACAAGGUUUGGGAAUUUUUACCUUGACAUGGGCACCAUCUCUUCUUGAAAAUGGAGAGAGCCAUCCCAUCUGCUUUGUCGUCCAGUCAAGACUUGGCAAAAAGAGCUGUAGCUUCAUCAGGAAUAGUCACGCAGAAUGCAUCAUUAGCAACAACAGCCCAACCCCGACCUAUAACUACAACUGCAGCUCUCCCAACAACAGUCACACAAAAUGUACCCACAACAACGACCGCCCAAACCCUAACUACAACUGCAGCGCCGACUACAACUGCAGCAAUGACUACAUCUGCGGCAAUGACUACACUUGCAGCUCUCCCAACCACAGUCACACAAAAUGCACCCACAACUACCGCCCAACCCCUAAAUACAACUGCAGCACCGACUACAACUGCAGCACCGACUACAACUGCAGCAAUGACUACAACUGCAGCUCUCCCAACAACAGUCACACAAAAUGUACCUACAACAACUACCGCCCAACCCCGAACUACAACUGCAGCGCCGACUACAAUGGCAGCAACAACUACAACUACAACUACAACUGCAGCACCGACUACAACUGCAGCAAUGACUACAACUGCAGCUCUCCCAACAACAGUCACACAAAAUGUACCUACAACAACUACCGCCCAACCCCGAACUACAACUGCAGCGCCGACUACAAUGGCAGCAACAACUACAACUACAACUACAACUGCACCAACGACUACAACUGCAGCAAUGACUACAUCUGCAGCUCUCCCAACAACAGUCACACAAAAUGUACCUACAACAACUACCGCCCAACCCCGAACUACAACUGCAGCGCCGACUACAAUGGCAGCAACAACUACAACUACAAUUACAACUGCAGCAAUGACUACAACUGCAGCAAUGACUACAUCUGCAGCUCUCCCAACAACAGUCACACAAAAUGUACCUACAACAACUACCGCCCAACCCCGAACUACAACUGCAGCGCCGACUACAAUGGCAGCAACAACUACAACUACAACUACAACUGCACCAACGACUACAACUACAACUACACCUGCACCAACGACUACAACUACAACUACAAUUGCACCAACGACUACAACUGCAACUACAACUGCACCAAUGACUACAACUGCAGCUACAUCUACAGAUAUAACUCCAACAACAACGAAUACGACUGCAGCAAUGACUACAACUGCAGCAAUAAAUGCAACUGCACCUCUCCCAAAACCAGUACCCAACAAUACUACAAUCAUCACUUUUCCUACAUCCACCAGUUCUUGGUCAAGUUCAACAACAUCUAAUCCAGAAUCAUACUAUGUUGUUGCUUUGAAUGCAAAGAUCUCAACAACACUGUCUCUGGAGAAUGACUAUGAAACCAUCGUAAAAUUGCUUAAGGUUAAAAUGGUUGACCUAGGGCUGCCACCAUCCAUAAUCUUAAGCACCCUGAGAAACGUUACAGUGGAAAAGACGACAGCUGUCAAAUAGUGGCAACAAAUCAGACUGUGACUAAACCCUGCAGAAAAAUGUGCUUCCUCACGUUUUGAUUCAGCACACUGCUCCCUCCCCCAUGAGUAUAUUGUUAACCAUAUUUUCUUAAGAGGUCCAUGGAUGUCUUCAGCUUCCUCUCCUAUAUAUUAUGUGUAUAUAAUAUGAAUAUUUGAUUU